AUGGACACUGGCAAACGGUACCAGUCAAGUGCUCUCACCUUGCUCUAUGCAAUGCCAGUUACUGAACAUUCACCACCACACUGCUGGAAGGUGACCUGGAUGAGAAGGAUGAGGAUUCUGCGCUGGCUUCUCACGAGAAACUGGGAAUCUAAGAAGAUUGACUGCCAUAUGUGUCACAGCCUGUACCUGAAGGUCAAAGGGAAUGUGUUCAAAAGCAAGCGGAUUCUCAAGGAGCACAUCCACAAACUGAAGGCAGACAAGGCCCUCAAGAAAUUACUGGCUGACCAGGCUGAGGCUCGCAAGUCUAAGACCAAGGAAGCAUGGAAUUGCCUGGAGGAGCACCUCCAGGCCAAGAAGGAAGAGAUCAUCCAGACUCUGUCCAAGGAGGAAGAGACCAAGAAAUAA